AUGAGAACUCCUCCAUGUGGACCAGUGACUGAGUGGGGAAAAAAGUUGAGAAAAAUCAAUAUUAAUGGCCAUUCUCUUGUAGGUCACGAAGGCCGAAUAGGCAUGGCAUCCAUACGACUAGCCGAUGGUUGUGAAUUUAAUGGGGAAAUUCUCUACAAACAUGUGACAGAUUCCUUGCCUCUAUACGCCAGACCUUAUUUUGUGAGGAUUCAGGAUGCUCUUGAGGUCACGGGAACUUUUAAAUAUCGGAAAGUGCAGUUAGCACAAGAAGGAUUCAAUCCAGCAGUUGUCAAGGAUGCCUUAUAUUUUGGGGAUGAUAAAGAGAAGGCAUACGUACCCUUGACGGAAGAGAUCUAUAACUCGAUAUGUAGCAACAGAAGGAAACUAUAAUGCUUCUGAAUGUGUUAUUAUUAUUUUUUUUUAAAUUAUGUUGUUAAAUAAUUGUAGAAAGUUAUGGAAAAUUGAUUUUCAGUCCAAUUGCACAUUUAUACCUAGAUUUUCAAAUGGCCAUGCCUAACUCAUUUUGUCAAUUUUUUAGAGGUAGUGACAAUGACCUUGGAACCAAGGGUUCAAAGAAACACGGUAUAUACCCCUUUACAGGGCUUUAUAGCCCUCUCUAAAGUGGUUUACAGAGUCAGCAUUUUGCCCCCAACAAUUUGGGUCCUCAUCUGAC